UGUGAAAUUUGUCGGUUAGACGUUUCCUGAAAUUUUCUUGUCAUCGCUGCAAACAUUAGUAGACGCACGAUUUGUUUAUUUUCACUUCGUAUUUCGAAAUGGAUCUAUUUCGUAAGGCGGAACGAUAGCGUUUCAGCAUUUCAGUUCUCUCCGGACGUAUUUCGAAGUGACGCAUCAUAUCGCUCAAUGUGAAAAGACGGUAAUAUGCUAACAGUAGGACUGUGCGUGUUUAUUAAAUUAUUACGACCCUCUUUCCGUCCUGAACAUAUCAAGUCGGCUAUUUUGAGGUCAUGCGCUGUACGAUCAUUUUCUCUCACGUCACAGCUCUGCGCCAAGCCCCCUCAAUCCACCGAUGGCGACGAGAGCCUUCCUCAGCCCAUCAAGUUCUCCACAAGUAAAGCCAGCCACCGGAGUUGGAAAGUGGAGCGCUCAAUGGGUAGCAGGUUCCAGCAGCCGUGGUGGCGGGUCCUACCCCUCAGCGUCUUCACCGUCGGCUUCUUGCUGUGGUGCGUCUUCCGCCAGGAGUCCGAUAUAGACCGCGCUCUGGAAAAGCAGCUGUAUGAACACUUACCUGGCUUACUGACGAACACUGAGGAGAGGGAGGAACUUGAAAAAGAACCUGAUUCAAAGUGAACAUGUUGAUGGGUUUUUUUUUUUGUUUUAUAUAUUAUGAAUGUAACUGGUGAGAUGUCUUGGUUAUGAGCUUGUGGAAGUAAACACAGGAUGUUCCUGAAAGCAA